AUGGAUGAAGGGAUACAGGAUAUGUACUACUUGGAGGACAAUCUAAAUGUUGGAAAUAUAAAUUUGGAUGAAGAGAUUAAUAAAAAGGCAGAAGCAUAUUUUACUACUGCAAAAAAGUAUGUAGAAGAGAAGAAACUAAAAACGUGUGAAGAAUUCCUUGAAGAUGUAUUAAUCCAUUUUAAGAAAGAACCAUUUGAAUACAUUAUAUUCAUGACAAUUAAAAUAUAUUGUAAUUUAAGAUUACAUAAUUAUAGAUCAGUUUCGAAUAAUCUUAGUUUAGUAGGAAAUCUAGAUGGAAAAAAUUAUAAAUUUCAAAAUUUCUCUUUAAAAUAUAAGAAAAAAAGAGGAUCAAUGAUACCUUUUUUAUUAAGAUUGAUUAACUCUUAUUAUCCAUACACACUGAGUUUGUAUUUUACCUCUUUUGAUAGGCUAUAUCUAUUAAUAUUAUAUUAUGAAAAGUUGUUUAAUGAAUGUGUUAAUAUAAUAGAGAAAGAAAAUCAUAUAGCUGAUAAGGGCAUUGAUAAUAUGGCUUCCUUUAGUUAUACCUUUUUAAGAAAGAAAAACAUUCUUUUCCAUCAUGUAACAAUAACAUGCUAUGUAUUGUGUGAUUUGCUAUUAAAAAAGAAUUACAUAGAACAAGCCAUACAAUUAUUGAAAGAUAAAAUAUUAAUAUAUGAUGCAGAUCAUGCUAGUACAAUAUCACUAAUUGGAAAAUUUGCUCUUCUUAUGGGAAGCUUUGACAUUGCCGAGUCGUCCUUUAAUAGUGUUCAGAAUUUAUUACAGAACUGUACAGAUAAUGCAGCAGUUAUUAAAUCAGUUCCUACAACAUCUGGGGGAUGCAUAACAAGAGUGUACAGCAAUAAUAUUAACCAUGUGAAGAUGAACGGAACCUUUUUUUACUUAUACUUGGAGGAGUAUGCCAUAGCCUUAAACGAACUAUUGUUAAUACAUCCGACUAUUAGCGAGCAUACUAAUAUUAACAAGGAGAAGGAUAGUAAUGUUAGUAACAAUGAUAAUGGUAGUAGUAUCGAUAAUAAUGUAGUUAGUAACUACGCAAUAUACUGUAACAAUUUAGCUAUUACCUACUUUUUAAAUAAUGAUUUAAAAAAAGCCAUUGAUAUUCUUGAACAAGCAAUAAGAGAUAAUUAUAUAAAUUCUUUCCCCUCACUCAUAAAAAAUUUAAAUUAUUUUUACGAAUUAGCAAAAACAAAAAACGAAACAGUAAAUGAAAUUAACGAUUUUAUUAAAAAUAAAUUAAAUGAAGACCAUGAAGUAUUGUUCCUUAUUCCAAAAAGGAGCUGA